AUGGCUUGGAAGAAGACACGCAGUCAGAAUGCUCCAAUAUGGAGCAUUAACUCACUUUUUCUCAUGAUGGAUAAAGCAUUCCUUGUAUGGAAUUGCCAAGGGGCAACCUCAAGCAAAUUUCAUGUAGUACUCAAAUCACUACUACAAGGAUAUGGACCAUACAUUAUUGUUCUUGUUGAACCACGUAUAUUCGGUACUAAGGCGGACCGAGUGAUCAGGAAAAUUGGUUACACCAACUCUCAUCGAGUAGAAGCAACUGGCUUUUCUGGGGUGGUUAAUAAGGACAAGGGAAGUAAAACACUCUUCACUACCAUUUACGGGAGUCCUAAUCCUAUGAUGCAAGAAAGAAUGUGGAUUGAUCUUCUUAAACUCCCCAUUGGUGCACAGAAAGCUUGGCUUUUGGCAGGCGAUUUCAACGCCACACUCAAUGCUAAUAAGAGAAAAGGAGGAGCUAUACGCUUAAGGGAGGGAUGCAAAGCUUUCAGGACUUUCACUCAAAGGCUUGGUUUAAUGGAUCUAGGAUUUACAGGGCCAAAAUAUACUUGGAAAAGAAGGAGUCUUAUGGUUCGUUUAGAUAGAGCUCUGUGUAACAACAAUUGGCUCCAAGCCUAG